GACGUUUUCGUGAAGCAUCGGGUUAUCACAUAUAGCGGCAUAUAGGAUCAUCAAUUCGUUCUUCUUCUGCUACAGUCGCUGUGUUUUGCGCAAUCUGAAAGAUGCAGGCAAGUGAUAGAUUCAACAUCAACUCUCAGCUUGAACAUCUUCAAGCUAAAUAUGUCGGAACUGGGCAUGCGGAUUUGAGCAGAUUUGAAUGGGCUGUGAAUAUUCAGCGUGACAGUUAUGCCUCAUACGUUGGUCACUACCCGAUGCUUGCCUACUUUGCGAUAGCCGAGAACGAAUCCGUUGGACGUGAACGCUACAAUUUCAUGCAGAAAAUGCUUCUGCCAUGUGGGUUGCCUCCAGAAAGAGAAGACGAUUAAGAUUCAGGGUUUGAAGAUCGGUUUACAGAAACUAUUUCAAUGAGCUUUCUAGGAUUGGAGUAUGAACCCUAUCUACUGUGUUUUGCUUGAUCGAAACUCAAAGAGUGUUGGCUUUCGUCUGAACCUUGUUGUAAUCUUUUGUCCAUCAUCUCUGAUCUGAAAUGUGUUGGCUUUCACCA